GAUCCGAUGUUUUUCCGAGCAAGGCCGAGCCUUGCCAAAAAAAAAGUUUCGAUGCGAUUUUCCAUUUAUUUACAGCUACCAUUGAACCAAUCCGCCAUCAAUUUCUCCUAAAACAAUAAUAUACUCAUUCAUAAUGGGACCUUCCAAAGUGACUCUUAGUGAGCGAAAGAAAAAGGCGGAUCCUUCAAAACCCUCCUCAAAAUCCUCUUCGAAAUCCUCUGCCAAAGCAACAACCAAAACUCCAAUUAUCAAAUCACCGCAAGAUUUCAAGAGCUCAGAAUUUGUUGGAGAAAGCGACAAUGAAAAUGAAGAGCCAAAGGGAGGCAAUUCGGAAUCCGAUAGCGACAACGAUUCUCUGCCAUCGGACCCCGCUGUAAAAUCUACAUCUAAAUCCAAAUCCAAUGGCAAGGCCGCAGAAAGUAGUGACAGUUCCGAGGCUGAAAGCUCCGAGGAGAGUGACAGCGAAAGCGGGAGCGACGAGAAGGAGUCUGAAGACGAAUCAAGUGCAAAUGCAAAGAAGUCUGUUGCGCCACCGUCGUCUAAGAAAGACGCCAGGACAGUAUCGAUGAAAGUUGCGCCCUUUAAGCCCCCUCCCGGAUUCGAAAAGUCUUCUUCAAAGAAUUCAAGUAAAACACCACAAUUGUUCAGCAAGUCUAAUUUAGAGGGUAAAGAAGUUUGGUAUAUUACAGCACCUGCGUCGGUACCCCUUGCUUCUGUAACAGAGAUGUCGCUGCGAGAUGCGAAAUUAGGCAAAGCUGUAUUUUCGCAGAAUGGCAACGAUUAUGGUUUCGUUCACGACCCGCUUGAUGACAAGGCAUAUACUAAGAUCUUGUUACCAAGCAAUUCUAAAGAUGGCUACUCUAUUGAGAAAAAAUCCGUGGACCAAAUAUAUCAUAUGCAACAAAUCGUUAAUCUUUCUAAAGAGAACUCCAACCAAGCUACAGUGCCUGCGAAGCGACCUGUUCGCCAACAACCUAAAGGUCUCAAGGCGCGAUACCAACCAAUUGGCUUUGCGAGCGCACCUGGUGUCAUUGGAUCUGACGAAGAUGAGAGCGAGUCUGAAGAACGCGCUCCCAAAUUCCGAAAAAUCGCAACGUCGGAAGACGAAGCAUCAGAUGUAGAGAUGGAAGAUGCACCACCGGCGAAGAAAUCAAAAUCUGACAAAUCGAAGAAGAGCCAGAAGGGCUCUGAAGAAAGUGCCGAUCGCUCAUCGAAAAAGAAGAACAAGGAUUCUGGAGAUAAGAAGAAAAAACACAAGAAAACAGAUAGCAACUGAGCCUGUGGAUCAAUCUAUGCCACUACGCCAACGAGUUAAAUAGAAUUCAGAUUCGGGACCCGAGAUCACUGCUAAUAUUAGAGCUUUACUGCUUUUCACACUUUCACCGGGCAAGGCGUCAUCAAAUCCGAGUAAGGAUAUCUCGCAGUCUCGGCCUGCGACGCUCGGUUCGACUGCAGAACCCCUGUCCUCGCAUCCGGAGAGUACGAGGAAGAGAGCUACAGCAGCGUUUGUCAUUGAAGAUUUGGGAAUGGCAAACACCAAGGGCGAAGAAAAAUGGGAGAAAAGGGCGCAAAUGGAGGCGAAAGAGAGACGCUUGGAGUCUCGUACUGAUAAUUUUUGACAAGGGUGACAUCAUGUAUUAAAAACUACUUUCUCUCACCAAUGGAGAAAUAGAGUUCUGGCAAUAACUCAUUCGCGGGAUCAAAUAGACUCAAGAAUCACUAUGAAUGAACCUCACUUACUGAACAAAUCACGGUGUAAAUCUCCUUUGCGAUAUUUCAAGCGAACCCCUUUCACGGGAGGUCUUUGACAAUAAGAGCAGGCAAGCAGCCCCGGAUCGCUGUGUAAUAGCUACCGCUUCACAGAUUUGAUGAAAGCAAGGUUUCCAAAUUCAAAAACAUAUUCAGAUAUCCUUAGACACCAAUUCUCCAUACAACCCUUCUGUCCAUAGCAGAAUUGGCCUUUGAAUUUGUCUUUCAUCAAAUUCAUACCA